AUGUUGUUGCUCGUAGGGAGCGUUUCAAGACUGAUGGCUGACUCCAGUAAGACCAGAGACAGAUGAGCUGGGGGACUUGUUGACCAGGAUCAUUCAUAGCUAUCAACCCCUGUAAGGUAUCCCCGAUGAUGACCAUUUGGACAGUUCAGAUGGGGGACCGUUCCAAUCCUCAUUUGGCAGGACACAUUCAUUCAACCUGUGCUAUUCCCGGACUACAGGGAAUAUGUAAUGUUGUCAGUCAUCUCUUGCACACCCAUAGUAAAAAAUGAUGUAUUGAACUCAACUCUGAAUAAAUAAUGUUCUCUAAUGCAGCAAUGUAAUCAUUUCCUAGAGGCAGAUGAUCACCAUAGCUUGGAGGGGAUAAGACAGGAUGAAUGUCAGCCUGCUACAUCUGCAGCAACCAGGAGGGAAGAUUAUGUCACUAACCCGGGUCGGAAGACAAAGACAAAUAGGUUGAGCAUGCAUGAGAAACUAGCCAUGGAAUUUAAUGAGCGCAAACUAGUGUAUUUAAAAGAAGAUCAUGCUAUGAAGAUGCAAAUCCUUCAUGUUGAGUUGGCUAUGAAGGAGGAGGAGAGAAACAUGAUGCAGCAGCAGUAUCAA